UUCGCCACUGGGAUAAGCGCUCGGAUACUCGGGUUCUACUAUUCAUUUUUAUUUAAACGUUUACGUUUGUAUGUUGUUGUAAAAUUGAUGAAGUCAGGACUUAACGCAUGAAGGGGGUGAUGAUGAAUAUGGAGACUCUGAGCAGGCCGGAGCUCCUGAAGCUCCUCAGCAUCAUGGAGGGAGAACUGGAGGCACAGGACACAGUUAUACACACCCUCAGAGAGCAUGCCCCCAGAUGUAUCUUUCCUGUUUUCACAUGCUGGUUCAGCACUGUGUGUGCCCAGCACAGGGACUCAUUCGUCCAGGAGCGCUAUGGCCAGUAUGACCUCAGUGACCCCUUCCUGGCCCUGCAGCGGGAUAGCCAUACCAUGGAUGACUGGUCCCCUUCAGACCCCCAGGGCAGCGUGGUGGGUCCGAACCCUCUGGCUGUGCUGAAGCUGGUCAUGGCCCACUGCAAAAGGAUGCAGGAGAGGAUGAUGGGACAGCUGGCAGCCGCAGAGAGCAGACACAGGAGGGUGAUUGCAGAUCUGGAGGAGGAGAAGCACCGACAUGCACUAGAGUCGGCGCAGGAUGAGGAUGUCACCGUCAUGCUGGAGAAGGAGAGGGAGAAACUACUGCAGCAGUUGGAGGUGGAGCGUGCAGCAGUGCGUAGGCUGCAGAGGGAGCAGGAGAGGGCAGUAGGCCUGGCAGAGGAAACUCUGUCCCAGCAGCAGCAGUUGUCCUCGGACCUAACCCUGGAGCUCCAGAGAACCACCAGCCAGGCCCUGGAGGAGGCCCAGAGAGUCAGCCAGCUCCGCCUGCAACUCCAUGAGGAGAGCUGUACCUCAGAGAGCCUGAGGGGGGCCCUGGAAGCGGAGAAGGGCAGAGCAGCGCAGCUUGAGGCCAGAGCAGAGAGCCAGCUGGCUGAGUUUGACACAGAGAGGGAACAGUUAAGAGCCAGGAUCAGACGAGAAGAGGAGAGGAGCAAGGGACUGGAGAGAGAAGUGGAGGAGCUGAGGAGGAGGUUGGAGGCAGCAGGAGAGGAAGGAAUGGUUAGGAAGGUGCAGGAGGCUGCGGUGAAGGAGGUGAAGGAGGUGAAACAGUCUCCUUCAAAGAUAGCGUCAGCAGGGGCAUCGACAGCGGUGUCAGCGGUGGCGUCCACCUCGAGCCAGACAGAGCCUGAUGGGAAGGCGAGCGUCGACCCUAAAGUGACCCCUGUCUCAAAGGUCAACGGGCAUCACCCUAACCCUCCACGGGACACUGACCCCCCUCAGGACGGCGGGGCUGUGGAGAACGGUGAGGUAGAGAGCGAGUCCGGAGCAAGUCUUCCCUCCCCUCUCCACCCUCACCCUCCUCACCCCCACUGCCACCCUCACCCCAACCUCUCCCCCUCCAGCACGGCCUCUUCUUCCCUCUCCUCCUCCCCCCUCUCCUCCCCCACGCUGGCUAAGCGUCUGGUCAGCCCCGGUGGCUUCCACACAUCCUCCUACCAGGCUGGAGUCAACCAGCGCUUCCACGCCGCCAGGCAUAAGUUCCAGGUGCAGGCUGAGCAGGAGCAGCUCCAGCAGGGUAGCACGGCUCCCCUCUCCCCCCGGGACCUGUCCCCUACCACCACCCCCAUCCCUCCACCCUCAGAGAACAGCACGGCCAAGCAGCUUGCCCGAAACACCGUCACCCAGGUCCUGUCCCGUUUCACCAGCCAGCAGGCAGGAGCCAAGCUCCCCCCACUGAACAGCUCUCCGUUUGGGACUGACUAUCGGAGCCUGGCAGCCUCCCCUCCUGGGGGGAAAACUUCGCCUGGAGGACCCCUGUCCCCUGGUAUACGCUCGCCCCUCACCCCUCGGUCCGAGAGGUGCUACCCGCCCCCCGUUCCUAAGAAACCGGGUAUGAGCCCCUCUCCAGGCUCCCCCGACCCCCAAGCCGGGGCCAGUCUCUUCCCAGAGCUGACGGGGGGCUGUGGGCUAAGCAGCAGUGGACAGGAGGGGGCUAAGGAGCCAGACCUGGUACUCUCCUCCGGUAGCUAACAUUUAUGGGCCACGGCAGCUAGAAAGUGAUCUAGGAUCAGCCUUCCCAAAUCCUUCCCAUCUUUAACCAUUAGGGAAACGGACCUAGGAUCAGUAUCUGUGAUCAGCUUUGUCUUAUUCCUGCUGGAGGAGCCAGUGCUCUCCUCCAGCAGCUAGCAGUGUAUGGCCUCCCUCAUUCCAGAUACGCUAGUUUCUCUCUUCCAUUUGCACUUGUUAACUCACUUUUAGGCCCGAGAUUCAAUCCGAGUGCUCUAGUCAACAAUGCAGCUUUUAAAAGCAAUGUUGCUGGGUUCAAAUAGAUCGCAUUCAAGGUAAACGCUGCUGAUGUCGGCUCAAUCAGAAAUGACCUCAGAGACGGUAAAGAAAGCAAGACAUCUCACAGGAUCAUGUUUUCUGGUCGGGCGGGUGGAGCGAGCGAGGGGAUAAGUAGACCAGAGCCAGCUGUUGGUUAGUUGGUUAGUUUUGCAUUGAAAAAAAAUUGUCACGGUUUCUGUCUGUGUAAGUGGGUGUUUCCUCUCUCACGUGGCCAUCUGUGAGCAUGCUUUCCCGCGUGAGCUUAUCUGGGAAAGCAUGCUCACACAAGACAGGAACUGUUUUUUUAAAUGUCAAAUGGUAAACUGCCUUUUUAAGACAUUUUCAUUAUCCACCAUCUUUGAUUACCUUUAAAUGUCAAGCGGUUUAAUGUGGUUCCACCGCGGUCUGGAUUGGAUCCUGGCCUUAAUCUCCUGGAUGUCCUGCAGCAGGCAGAAAAUGCCACGACUUAUACCAACUCUGUAGGCCCUAUUUUGACCACAUAAAUUAGCCGCUUAUAAUCAAAUGAAAGCUCAAACACUACCUAGCAAACGGUCUGAAACACUGUCUAGUUAACAUUAAAUUACAUUAAAUCUAUAAUAUACUGGGUUUUAUUGGAUUCAUAAGAUUUAUUUUAUUUGGAAUUUAUGGAUAGUUUUUUAUUAUCUUGAUUUGUAAUGUAUCUUUAUACCUAGUUUCUUGUAUUCCAUAGCCAUGUUUAAAAGUGAUCUUAUUAAUUAUGCAUUUAGUUAUUCUAGGACAUUAAUAAAUGAAUCUCUCCGCCCAAGUCCACUCUGCAGUCUCGUCCAAUACAAAGGCUGCAUGGAGAGGGGAGUCUUUCCGUGGCAAGAGGAUUCAAAUGUAAUCUGUUGAUUGCACAUGUACAGUUGAAGAGGUUUACAUACACCUUAGCCAAAUACAUUUAAACUCAGUUUUUCACAAUUCCUGAUGUUUAAUCCUAGUAAAAAUUCCCUGUCUUAGGUAGGUUAGGAUCACCACUUUAUUUUAAGAAUGUGAAAUGUCAGAAUAAUAGUAGAGAGAAUGAUUUAUUUCAGCUUUUAUUUCUUUCAUCACAUUCCUAGUGGGUCAGAAGUUUACAUACACUCAAUUAGUAUUUGGUAGGCUUGCCUUUAAAUUGUUUAACUUGGGACCAACGUUUCGGGUAGUCUUCCACAAGCUUCCCACAAUAAGUUGGGUGAAUUUUGGCCCAUUCCUCCUGACAGAGCUGGUGUAACUGAGUCAGGUUUGUAGGCCUCCUUGCUCGCACAUGCAUUUUCAGUUCUGCCCACAAAUCUUCUACAGGAUUGAGGUCCGGGCUUUGUGAUGGCCACUCCAAUACCUUGAUUUUGUUGUCCUUCAGCCAUUUUGCCACAACUUUGGAAGUAUGCUUGGGGUCAUUGUCCAUUUGGAAGACCCAUUUGCGACCAAGCUUUAACUUCCUGACUGAUGUCUUGAGAUGUUGCUUCAAUAUGUCCACAUAAUUUCCCUACCUCAUGAUGCCAUCUAUUUUGUGAAGUGCACUCGUCCCUCUUGCAGCAAAGCACCCCCACAACAUGAUGCUGCCACCCCCGUGCUUCACAGUUGGGAUGUUCUUCGGCUUGCAAGCCUGCCCAUUUUUCCUCCAAACAUAACAAUGGUCAUUAUGGCCAAACCGUUCUAUUAUGGUUUCAUCAGACCAGAGGACAUUUCUCCAAAAAGUAUGAUCUUUGUCCCCAUGUGCAGUUGUAAACCGUAGUCUGGCUUUUUAUGAUGGUUUUGGAGCAGUCGCUUCUUCCUUGCUGAGUGGCCUUUCAGGUUAUUUCGAUAUAGGACUCGUUUUACUGUGGAUAUAGAUACUUUUGUACCAGUUUCCACCAGCAUUUUCACAAGGUCCUUCAAGGAUGAACCAGACUUGUGGAGGUCUACAAUUUUUUUCCUGGGGUCUUGGCUGAUUUCUUUUGAUAUUCCCAUGAUGUCAAGCAAAGAGGCACUGCAUUUUAAGGUAGACCUUGAAAUACAUCCACAGGUACACCUCCAAUUGACUAAAAUGUCAAUUAGCCUAUCAGAAGCUUCUAAAGCCAUGACAUCAAUUUCUGGAAUUUUCCAAGCUCUUUAAAGGUACAGUCAACCUAGUGUAUGUAAACUACUGACCCAAUGGAAUUGUGAUACAGUGAAUUAUAAGUAAAGUCUGUAAAAAAUUGUUGGAAAAAUUACUGUCACGUUGAUCGUAAAGAGGAGACCAAAGCGCAGCAUUAUUAGAAUACAUUCUUCUUUAAAUGAAUAAAGAACACUUAUUAAACAACCCUACCGCCAAGAACACUGCGUUCAAACACACAGACAAUAACCCACAAGAUACCCAAUGAAUAUGGCUACCUAAAUAUGGUCCCCAAUCAGAGACAACGAUAAACAGCUGCCUCUGAUUGAGAACCAAUCCAGGCAACUAUAGACAUAUAAACACCUAGACUUGAAAAACCCCAUAAACAUACAGAUACCCUAGACUGGACAAAAACAUAUAUACCCACCCUCAUCACACCCUGACCUGACCAAAAUAAUACAGAGAACAUAGAUAUUUGUAAGUCGCUCUGGAUAAGAGCGUCUGCUAAAUGACUUAAAUGUAAAUGUAAGGUCAAUUACUUGUGUUAUGCACAAAGUAGAUGUCCUAACUGACUUGCCAAAACUAUAGUUUGUUAACAGGAAAUUUGUGGAGUGGUUGAAAAACCAAUGACUUCAACCUAAGUUUAUGUAAUCUUCCGACGUCAACUGUAGGUGUAUCAUGACACUACUUUUACAGAUGUAUGCUCCCAUCUGACUUUCCCCUGCCUGGUCUGAUCUGUAGCUUAUCACCAUAUCUAGCUGCACUGAAAGUUAUCAUGUCUUUCACUGUAGUUUGUACCAGAUUACAUUCUGAACAUAGUUUACUAAAGCAAUAAGGCCCAAGGGGGUGUGAUAUAUGGCCAACGCAAUGUGGAGUACCUGGACACAGCCCUUAGCUGUGGUAUAUUGGCCAUAUAUCACAAACCCCUGAGGUGCCUUAUUGCUAUUAUAAAGUGGUUACCAACGUAAUUAGAGCAGUACAAAUAAAUGCUUUGUCAUAUCCGUGGUAUACAGUCUGAUAUACCACGGCUGUCAGCCAAUCAGCACUCAGGGCUCGCACCAUCCAGUUUAUAAUAAAGCACAAUGUUGUAAAUAAUACAAAUAAUUCAAAAGCCUAAUUUGAAGCUAUCUGCAUUGCACCCCAUUAUGUUUGGUCUCUGCAGCUCUCUGCAUUACACCACAUUAUGUCCGGUCGUAUCUACGUGUUGUCUACAACAUACACUAGAAUAGUGAAUACACUGGAUUUUUAACAAGGGAAAAGCUUCCCGAAGACAGACCUUACACUGGGCCUUCACUAAGACAGACCUUACACUGGGCCUUCCCUAAGACAGACCUUACACUGGGCCUUCACUAAGACAGACCUUACACUGGGCCUUCCCUAAGACAGACCUUACACUGGGCCUUCCCUAAGACAUACCUUACACUGGGCCUUUCCUGAGACAGACCUUACACUGGGCCUUUCCUGAGACAGACCUUACACUGGGCCUUUCCUGAGACAGACCUUACACUGGGCCUUUCCUGAGACAGACCUUACACUGGGCCUUCUCUAAGACAGACCUUACACUGGGCCUUCUCUAAGACAGACCUUACACUGGGCCUUUCCUGAGACAGACCUUACACUGGGCCUUUCCUGAGACAGACCUUACACUGGGCCUUCUCUAAGACAGACCUUACACUGGGCCUUCUCUAAGACAGACCUUACACUGGGCCUUUCCUGAGACAGACCUUACACUGGGCCUUUCCUGAGACAGACCUUACACUGGGCCUUCUCUAAGACAGACCUUACACUGGGCCUUCUCUAAGACAGACCUUACACUGGGCCUUUCCUGAGACAGACCUUACACUGGGCCUUUCCUGAGACAGACCUUACACUGGGCCUUCUCUAAGACAGACCUUACACUGGGCCUUUCCUGAGACAGACCUUACACUGGGCCUUUCCUGAGACAGACCUUACACUGGGCCUUUCCUGAGACAGACCUUACACUGGGCCUUUCCUGAGACAGACCUUACACUGGGCUUUUCCUGAGACAGACCUUACACUGGGCCUUUCCUGAGACAGACCUUACACUGGGCCUUUCCUGAGACAGACCUUACACUGGACCUUUCCUGAGACAGACCUUACACUGGGCCUUUCCUGAGACAGACCUUACACUGGGCCUUUCCUGAGACAGACCUUACACUGGGCCUUUCCUGAGACAGACCUUACACUGGGCCUUUCCUGAGACAGACCUUACACUGGGCCUUUCCUGAGACAGACCUUACACUGGGCUUUUCCUGAGACAGACCUUACACUGGGCCUUUCCUGAGACAGACCUUACACUGGGCCUUUCCUGAGACAGACCUUACACUGGACCUUUCCUGAGACAGACCUUACACUGGGCCUUUCCUGAGACAGACCUUACACUGGGAUAGAAAAAUAAGGUGACACUUAAAUAUGUACAACUUUUUUUAUUACGGGACAAUUUCUUGUUUUUUCCAAAAGGGACCAAAUUCAGAACAAACGUCUUUCUUGUAGGCUAAUAUUUUCUACCUGGAAUUGAGUUUGAACCGUCUAUCCUUAUGUUUAAAGCAGAUAGUGACAGACUGGUUUUAUACCUUUGAAAUCCUCCCAGAUCUUUUGGCGAACUCACACGUUUUAUUUAUAAAAGGGACUAGCUCGGGGUCAGAUCUGUACCACUGUAUCAUUCUUUUUGUAACUGAGUAGACCUAACCCUUCGUCUAUUUUUACACGUUUGUCAAAAUGGGAAUAAGUGGGAAGUAAUUAAUAACAUGACUGUACUGUGUUUCAUAACCUGAACCUAACAACAUUUUGUCACUGUUGUUGGUCUCAUAGGUCUUAUAUUUGUGGUAUUUACGGUUUUAUAAGAUGAUAUUAACAAAACAGGGCACAAUGAUAAGAACGCUUUUAUUUGUUCAAAAUAAUCUCCUGCUGUCUUCUAGAAGUUAACUAAUCCAAACUGUUUCUCCACAUUUCUGUCUUCUGGAAGUUACCUAACCCAAACUGUUUCUCAACAUUUCUGUCUUCUGGAAGUUACCUAACCCAAACUGUUUCUCAACAUUUCUGUCUUCUGGAAGUUACCUAACCCAAACUGUUUCUCAACAUUUCUGUCUUCUGGAAGUUACCUAACCCAAACUGUUUCUCAACAUUUCUGUCUUCUGGAAGUUACCUAACCCAAACUGUUUCUCAACAUUUCUGUCUUCUGGAAGUUACCUAACCCAAACUGUUUCUCAACAUUUCUGUCUUCUGGAAGUUACCUAAUCCAAACUGUUUCUCAACAUUUCUGUCUUCUAGAAGUUACCUAACCCAAACUGUUUCUCAACAUUUCUGUCUUCUGGAAGUUACCUAACCCAAACUGUUUCUCAACAUUUCUGUCUUCUGGAAGUUACCUAACCCAAACUGUUUCUCAACAUUUCUGUCUUCUAAAUGUACGCAAGCAUUUUCCUUAUGUAUUGUUUCACAACUGAACUAUGCAUAUGAUUUUUCAAUUGCAAAAUAAACAUCCCAACCAAGCAUCAA